ACCAAUCCUGGAUAGGUGCGCGCUCACGGCUCACUCAAAUAGACCCCGCCACAGAUCACAGAUUAACUGAUUUACCAUGGCAACUAGAGCCGCGUACUUUUCCCCGUCGGAAGCACAAAUCCUCAUGGAGGCAUACGAGGAGGUAAAAGAUAUAAUUAAGAAGAAAGGCAACACCGCCACAGUGAUAAAUCAAAGAGAAAAAGUGUGGCAAAGUAUUGCAGACCGCCUGAAUGCAUUAAACAUGAACGGGCCAAAACGGACAUGGCAGCAGGUCAAAAUCAAAUACAAGAACAUUCUGCAGAAUGCAGUGAAAAAGAAUACCCACAGACAAGGCACGGGUGGUGGGUCACCAAAGGCUGACCUUACCCCAGCAGAGGACAUGGCCUUGGAGCUAAAUAAAGGCAGGCCCGUCUUAGAGGGGAUCCCUGGGGGGAAAGAGACGAGCAUAGGUUCCUCCCAAGAUGCCACCCGCUUCAUUCAAGUGUCUGGCAGCACUGUGUUCCUGUUAGAGCCACAAGCACCAGACGAUGCUGAUCCAGGUGAAAGCCCCAGUGCAGCAGCAACAGCACAUGAUGGAGACGAUGAUGAGGAGGAGACCAUCUCUCUGGAUUCCAGAAGGCAUGAGGACCCAGAUGCUAUACAGUGGGAAAACCAGCCUGGCAACAUAAGCUCACAAGCUAUCAGAAAGUUGUAUGGCAACCACCUCCGGCGCCAAAUAGAACUGGCAGACAUAGACAUUCAGUACAAGUAG